AUGAAGCAUGCGGCUCAGAAGAAUUAUCAUUUGCUUCUCCUCUCUAGGGGCAUAUUUGCCUGUAAAUGCCCUCGUCCAUGAGCAGGUCGCCUUUGACGAUUCAGACGUCUGCUGGUGGAGCCUGAGCCCUCCAGAUCCCAUCUGUCCUAUUCUGAGACAGCAGAACCUCACUGAGAUCGUCAACAAACUCACAGGCCGCUAUGACUGGGGAGGAGGAGCAGGAGAUGAGUGUGAGGGCGAUUAUUGCCUUUACGCCAACAGAGGGUUUGCAGGCGGACGGGGCAUCGCCCUGAUCACCACGCACGAGAACUACCUGAAAGUAAAGGCGGCAGGAGACCUCCUGCAGGAGUACGACGUCUCUGUCAACGAGGACAUGGACUUUUUGCCUUUCCAUGUCGUUCGUGUUGACGGGAAAGCCAACGGCCUCAUCGCCGACUCAACUCUAAAACGAGGCGACCCCAUCAUGGCGCACACGCCCGUCCUCCUUGUCCACCACGCCUUCAGAGACGACCUGCCGCAGUCCAAGCAGCACACCCUCCUCGAAGCAGCUAUCCAUGCCUUGCCAGCCGCCACCAGAGAGUUGCUCAUGGCCCAGCUGGCCCACGUGCCCGAGCAGCAACGCCUCACCGCCCUUCUCACCACCACCAACGCCCUACAAGUGCACUUGGAUAUUGGUGGUGACCAGGACCACGACGGCCGCCAUUAUGCCUCCUUCCCCGAGGCUGCCAGGCUGAACCACGACUGCCGUCCUAACGCGGUCUUCUACAUCGACCCGACGGCACUCAUGCACAUCACCACCGCCGUGACGACCAUCAAGCCUGGGCAGGAGAUCACGCUGUCCCACCUGGAGGACCCAUUCACGCCCCACAAGGAGCGACAGCAGCAGUGCGCCGGCGUGUCCGAGCAGGAGGUGGCCGACUCGGAGACGAGGCUGCAGGAGAUCAGAUGGAUCGAGGCCAAGCUGCAGGACCCAGGCAGUGCCGAGGCCUCGACGGGCCUGAUCACCUACCUUCUCGGCCUGUACGAGAACGAGAGGCUGUUUUGCUGCCUGGCAGGCGCGUAUGCGCUGGCUGCGGUGAAUUUCAACAUGCUGGGGUAUGACAGGCAGGCGGUGCUUUAUGCAGAGCAGGCGAUCGAGGCGCUGAAGAUUGAAAAGGGGGAGGGGGUGCCUGAGAUGAAGGACCUGGAGGCGCUGAAGUGGGAUCCUAAGGCUCAUUCUUCGUGGAGGGCACGGAAGAUACCUAGGUGAUCGUUGCAGCGAUGCUAUACAUCCCUUCGUCGUUCUGAGCGAGAGGAGGAGGAGGGUUCGGUCAGAGGGUAUGAUGCAUAUCACCGAAUGGCGGUGACAGCAUGUAAUUGGCAAGUAUUAUGAGAAAAGAAACGUUUUGUCAAGACGUCAUGCUUAUAAUAGAAGUAAUACCUGCAGGCAGGCACAGUUGAAAGUUUGAACUUUGGGUUCCCUGAGCUGAGAGGGGAGUACUUGUGGAAAGACCAAUUUUGGGGCGACAAGAUAUCAUGGCAUCCUCAAGCAAGAUGUACAAGUGAAGCAAUUCCAGGCUGGACAAACAAUAGUACUUCUCUCAUC